AUGCCCGGCCUCCAGCUACACACGGCAAUGAGCAUGGCGAACCAGUGGCAACAGGGAGGGAACAGCCUGCCGUCCUUCUACUCUCCGAGGACGACGCCGCAGAACGGCCCCGAACCUGGCGAUAGUGACGUCGAGCGCCAUGAUCUAUCACAGUCCUCAGUACAACCUCCCUCAAACCAGCGAAAUGCACAUAGCCAACAAUCGGCCGUGCCUCCGUCGGCGGACCACGACAUUGACGAUGCGGCAUCCACCACCUCAACCUCUACUCAACCGACACAGCCGCCCCCUCCGUCUCUCCUAAGUCCCUCCUUCACCCCGCCGUCCACCCCGGGGACCUCGACUCCUGCCACAGCCGCCUCCUCCGUCUUCGGACCCUCCUCCUCUUCAGCGGCCCCGGCGCCGUCGCAACCUCGCGGAGUCCCCGUCGACUCUUCAGAUCCUGAUGGGGGCUGUGGCACCAAGAAGCCUCGUCUGGUGGAGCGCCUGCCCAAUGUGCAGUGCAUUGUGCGUGCGCGUAUUCCUACCGUCAAUGGCACCGAGAUGUUUCUACACCUGUACACGAACGACGUCGACAACAAGGAGCACCUCGCCAUUGUCUUUGGCAACAACAUUCGAAGUAAGAGCCUCGACGCUCCCAGGGAGGGCGAGACCGAGAUGGACCGGAUGGUGCGGGGCGCGUACGUUGGCAGACUCUACCCGGGCCGGACGACCAGCGGCAUGGCCAGUGGCCGGGGCGCAGAUGAUCAGAAGCACGGUGAUGCGCCACAGGCGGCGCCCCGGGGGAGCGAGAUCCCCCUCGUGCGCAUCCACAGCGAGUGCUACACGGGCGAGACGGCGUGGUCUGCCCGGUGCGACUGCGGCGAGCAGCUCGACGAGGCGGCCAGGCUGAUGUCCCUGCCUGGCAACACGGCAGGCGGCAUCAUCGUCUACCUUAGGCAGGAGGGGCGGGGCAUUGGCCUGGGCGAGAAGUUGAAGGCAUACAAUCUGCAGGAUCUCGGCUCGGACACGGUCGAGGCGAAUCUGCUGCUCCGCCAUCCGGCCGAUGCCCGGAGCUAUGGACUGGCCACGGCCAUGCUGCAGGAUCUCGGGCAGACAGAAGUGCGGCUCCUCACCAACAACCCAGAUAAGAUCAGGGCGGUGGAGGGCCCGAACCGCGAGAUCGUCGUCAAGGAGAGAGUGGCCAUGGUGCCCCUGAGCUGGAGAGGGCGAGGGGGCUUCAAGAGCAAAGAGGUGGAAGGCUACCUCAAAACAAAGAUCGAAAAGAUGGGACAUAUGCUUGACAUGGGAUCUAUGCCGCCUCAAUGA